AUGCUCGUCCCUCAGACGCGCGACGAGCGUGCAUGGUCUUCGCAGCCCGGCUACAGCAUUUCAGCCUCCCCCGGAGGGGUGCAGUCCCCCUCGCGCUCUGACCCCCCUGCCAUCCCGAAUGCAGGCAACCCCCCAGCAGCCCCAGGAGCUGGGACGGCGUUGUCACCCCAGGUCCACGGGUGGAAGACUGAAGCCCGGACUGGCUACGUGACUCGCUUGGAGGCUCACGUGCCGCUCAUGACAGAGCCGGGAACCAAACCCCCAUCCCAGUUGUCACUACAAAUCACUCCGCCGUGUGGAAGCGAACAACACUAUGAAUACUCUGGACGGUGCUGCACAAAGUGUGAGCCAGGAAAGUAUAUGUCUGCUAGAUGCACUGGUACUUCUGAUAGCGUGUGCCAGCCGUGUGGCCCAAACGAGUAUAUGGAUGUCUGGAAUGAAGAAGAUAAAUGCUUACUACAUAAAAUAUGUGAUCAAGGGAAAGCUUUGAGAGAAGUGAACCCAGGGAACAGCACGUUCCAGCGGCAGUGUGCUUGUACGGUGGGCUACCACUGGAAUGAAGACUGCGACUGCUGUCAGCGAAAUACCAUAUGUGCUCCAGGAUUCGGAGUCAAGGAUCCUGUGCAACAGGACAAGGACACAACAUGUACACCAUGUGCCAGAGGCUACUUCUCAAAGGUUGCUUCAUCCACUGACAAGUGUAAAUCCUGGACCAACUGUACAGCUCUAGGAAUGGCUGAAAUGGUGCCUGGGACUGACAAGUCAGAUGCAGUUUGCGCAGAACGGAAGAUGCCUGAGCCAUCGGAAGACGGAGCAAACAGGUUCUUAUACAUGUUGAUUGUCAUCUUGUUUUUUGUGGCACUAAUUGGCAUUGUCAUCUUCAUCAUAUACUACAAGAAUAAGGGAAAAAAGUUGACAG